UUUAAUAACGCUAUCCACAUAAAGAAGACCGAAGCUUGCUCAGACGUAGCUUAAAGUGCAGUUUCUACUUGUUUGUCGUCAAGCUAAAUUUAUGACCUACGCGUUGACAAGUGGAGCAAAGCGCUAAGUUUUGCUUUUUUUCGGCACAUCAAACCAAAUUAAAAUUCGAUAUGCCGAUUAGACUCUUUGCCCAGCCCAGCUACAUCAAGCACAUUAAUUCGGUACACAUAAAAUAAUUCAGCCAUAAAUAAUAUAAACUAAUGCAUUUUUGUGGCAUCAUCAUGGAUUCCGUAUAAAAGAUGGUCCAAUGAUAGCAGCAAAUCAUUCCAAUCUGGACUAUUUCAGAGUCUUAUUAGAAAAGACCAAAGCGCAUUAAAUAAAAUCAAAACAGUUUAUAAAAACGACUAAGAAAUGCGUGGUUUCAUCGUCCUUUGUUUGAUCGGAGUUGUUUGUGCAGAUAAAUUGGGUUACAACUAUCGCCCCGUAGGCCACUCAGAUGCUGGACUUUCUUUCACUCCUGGUACUGGCAGCGGUGGAUCAGGUGCUGUUGGUGAACAUAGCGAUAUUGGAGGCUUAGGUGGCAACGGUGGCAGUGGACCUGCAGGAUCUGGCCUUUCAAAACAAGCCCCAGUUGCUGAAUAUGAGAAGGAGUUCUUCACUUACACUGCCGACGAGAAUGACUUUAGUGAACCUGCUGGAAAUGAUCAAGUAGUCGAAUCGCUAAAAAAGAAUCUUCGAGUUAUUUUCAUUAAGGGUCCUGAAGGCAAUGGCCUGGAAAAAGCAGCUGUGAACUUGGCCAGGUCCAUUUCUGAAGAGAGAACCGCCAUCUACGUACUGCAGAAACAAGCUGAUCUCGGUGGUCUUGCCAACCAAUUGCAGGCACAAAACGAUAUUCAGCGCAGCAAACCGGAGGUUCACUUCAUUAAAUAUCGUACUCCUGAGGACGCGGCCAACGCUCAACGUGCCAUUCAAUCCCAGUAUGACCAGCUUGCAGGAAAAUCUCAGUCACAUGAUGGUGGUGCCGCGCCAGUUCACAAUUUUGCAUCCCCCGCAGCUCAGCCUGCUCCACGUCCUGUCAGUGCUCCAGGUGCUGCUUAUCUGCCAUCUUCGAUUUUCCGUGCAUAA